AUGGCCGCUCACACGGCCCCCGGAGGGGACUGCGACUACAUAUUCAAGAUCAUUGUCAUUGGGGAUAGCGGCGUGGGGAAGUCCUCCCUGACAGUGCGCCUCUCGGAGGACGUCUUUUACAAGGACUACGCCUCAACCAUCGCCAUUGACUUUCGCAUGCAUCAGAUGAAUUACAUGGACAAGCGUGUGCGCCUUCAGAUCUGGGACACCGCAGGGCAGGAGCGCUUCCAGUCGGUUGCCACCGCCUUCUACCGCGGCGCAAACGGUGUGAUGCUUUGCUUUGACCUCACCCACCGCCCCUCGUUCCUCCAUUUAGACCAAUGGAUGGAGCGUGUGCGGCAGCAGGCUCUCCCGGGGAUACCGUGUCUGCUGAUUGGGUGCAAAAGUGACGAGGCCCGCAGUGCGCGACAGGUUUCAAAGGAGGAGGCCACUGCCUGGGCGCAGCAGCACGGCAUCUCGUACAUCGAGACAAGCGCGAAGGAAAAGGAGAAUGUGCAGUACGCGUUUCAGCAGAUCACCAAGGACAUCUUUUUGGACAUGAAAGAUCGCAACGGGAAGGCGGCGGCGUCGGGUGGAAAGAACGCGGGAAGGGCAGAAAGCGUGAAGUUAGACGCCCGGGGAGGAAACCGCAACUCCUCCAAGGAGGGUGGGUGCUGCUAG